AUGUCAGGUUCCAUGCGCGAGUCGCUGAAGGCGCUGAACACAACCUUCUCGGCCACUACCGUCCCCUACCCUCUCCCCGACGAGCUCUAUGCGACCAUAGAAGCCUUCCUCGAGCGCUAUGACGACAUUGACGACCACGACUCCCAGCGCUUUCACGAUGAUCUCCACGCGCUAUACCUCCGCCACGUCGCCAGUAGUCCCGAAAAGCGCGGCGCCUUCUUAUCAGCUCUGCGACUGCUUCGGCCCGCGAUAACGGGCGAGGCGCGUCUGACCGCCUGGUGGAACUCGGCCCUGAGGCCUGUCAUCGACGGCAUAGGCUACAAGAAGAGCGAGAUUGAAGAUGCGAGGGCCUUUAUCCAGAGUAUAUUGGUGUACGACAAUGAGGUCGACAAAGAUGGGGAGCAUGCGCGCUUAUCCGCUCUCUUCACCAAGAAGAUACUCGACGCAUACUUGGCGCGGACCAACGUGCCUGCCUCGCCUGAAGAUGCCGUGAGGCCAGAGAACGAGUUUGUGGCCCAUGAGCUCGAAGCUGUCCUGGUCGACUUUGGGCGCAAGAUGCCCAAGGUCCUCCUCCUCACGCUCGACAAUCUCCUCCUGCAGAAGCAGCAUCGCAUACAGGCCUUGAACCUGCUCAGUGCCUUCGUCCGCCUCCAGCCGCCGCACCUCCACCUCGUCCUCGAAACCCCGCUCAUCCAGAACCUUGAGAAAUGCCUGCUCAUAGACAACUCGUCCACUGUCAUCGAGCUCGCCCUUGUCGUCCUCAUCAUGUUCCUUCCUCACAUAUGUGGAGCACUGACCUCCGAUCACCACCUCGAGAAAAUGUUUCUGGUCUACUGUCGGAUACUAUGUUGGGACAAGUUGGGUAACACCGACGAGAAAGGCGGUGAUAUGGACAUGCAAGACGACGAUAGCGAAGAGGGGGACGACGAAACCGAUGCCGACUCUGAACAGGCCUGGGAGCAGGUGCAGCCAGCCAUGGACUACCCUGAUUGCCCGCCGCCGACUCUUAUGCAUUAUUUCACCUUCCUAUACGGCCUCUUUCCUCUCAACUUCAUGAGCUUUGUGCGCAAGCCAAGGAAGUAUCUCAAGUCACUCAACUUUCCAGGCGCGCGCGACUUCGACCUGGACCAAGAUCUCAUCCACAGCCGGACGGAACCCUACCGCCGCGUUCAUCUACUACACCCGAACAUGUUCACAACCACUGUCGAAGACGAGCUGAGCGAGAACAGGUGGCUGAAAAGCGACCCCGCAGACGUCGUCAUAGAAUGUAUGGACCUUUGCGUUGCCGUAUCGUCGACUUUGGAGGACCCCGGCCCACCACCCAAUUCAGCCUUACCCCCUGUCCCAGAGAUACCCUCGCAAUUCACUCUGGACGACCAGGACGGCACAACAGUACACGAUUCAGAUGCAAGCUGGAGGAAUACCCAGUCGACUAUGAACGUUUCGUCAAGCGAUGCUCCAGAUGUUCCCGAUCUUGAACUCCCAUCAAGGAGCAAGUCUAUAAAGUCCGCGGUAUCUAUCAAGUCCAUGGCCUCACCGUUGCUGAAAGGUCGCGACAUGAUGGAUUCUCCAACACUGCCGCCCACUAAAGAUACAAAGAAGCCGGAUAUGUCUGGUCAAUCCGCACGGCGGUUCGUGGCACAUCAACCCAGCCUGGACAGUUUCGCCCAGUCAAUCUCCGGCAAUCAAUCUACCCACCAUGACUUCCAAAACCACACCAUGGCGUCUUUGCAAAGAGAGAUCAUGCUACUUCGGAAUGACCUCAACUUUGAGCGGUAUCUCAAAUUGCAGCAUCUUGCUCACAUCGGACAGCUACAGCGGAAGCACAUCAAAGAAGCGACUGUGGAGGCGGAGACUCAGAAUCUGAUCAACACCAACAAGACACUAAAAGCCAAACUCGCCAAGGCAAACGAGCUGUACGCCCAACUCAAGAAGGAAACGCUCACGAGUCGCAGUCAGUCCAAGAAGUGGGAAAGCGAGUUGAACAACAAGGUGCGAUCGUACAAAGAGAGUGAAAAGACCUGGCACAGUGACGAGGGCGGUCUGCGAUAUGAGCUCCAAAGGACACAAUCAGACUACGAGCAACUCAAGAAGAUUGUGGAGAGAGCUGAGGCAGAGCAACUAAAAGCCCAACAACGAACCAAAGCGUUGGAAUACGAGCUUGAAGACUACGCCGACAUUAGGCGGGAGCUUGAGGGUGCGCAAGAUAAGAUCAUAGCAUUCGAAGACCAGAGGAAGGAGCUACAUACCCUCAUCCAGGAGCGGAACGACUUGCGCAACGAUCUCGAAAUCGCAAACAUGCGGUUGAACAGCCGUGAGCAGGAACGCGAGCGGUCGAUCAAGGCUUACGAGCGCCGGAUUAUGGAGCUCGAGUCCCGACUACAAUCUUCCGACAGAAGCACUGGCAAGCCAGGGCAACUGCCGUCGUCUGUGCAGCAGAUGCUCGACUCUGCGCUUGCAGCGAGCAAUGCCAAAAUGCAGCAACUCAAGAAGACUCAUUACCGCCUCCUUGAGCAAUAUACCGAGCUGCAGAUGAAGUACCAUGAGCUCGAAGGGGAGCGAGAGGCUGAGAUGGGACAGCUCUAUCCCCGGGACAAGUCUGGUCAUAUCGAGUUUGGCACUUCACGGGUCAGUCGCAACUCCAGCCUCAGACAGGCGACCAACUACAGCUCGAGAUAUUUGACACCUCUAUCUACUGCCGAGGCCACCCCCAGCGAGGAGCAAGAGUAUUACGAAUACCGAUCGCCGGACUCCGUCCACAGCCCAGGAUCAGCCGCGUCACCACCUCGUCCUGCUCGGCUUGAAUCACUACAACAGGGGAAGCCGCAACGAUCUCAAACAGCGCCAUCGCCGUACCCUGGGUUUGGUGGCGGAUACGGACCAAACUUUUCCGCAGCAUAUGAUGCGUCUCUCCACAAUCAGUUUCAGGCUCCAAAGCCUCAAUCUAGCGGACAGAGUAGUUUCUCCGCCGACACCGAUGGAAGCUCAAGUAAGGAGAGAAAAGACAAAGUAGACCCGAAAUCGGAGGUCCGGAUAUACGGGCGGGGCGGCGCUCAGAACAUCGGAAAGAAGGUCAAAGAGAAGGAACAGAAGAAGCCUUCGUCUUCCAAAACUGGUGGCUUCCGCGGCCUCAAGGGCAUAAUGUGA